GAUACUAUUCGUGCGAGCUCGUUUCUCCAUUUCGGAUAUUUAGCUUUUGUUUUUAACGGAUGCUACAACUCGUUGGAAAUAAUAAAGAAAACGUCCUAUUCGUACAGCUCUGUUGUUGCGUACAAACUGACGGAGCGACCGGUAGAGAAAAAUGCCUGUACGUCGUACAAUGUGACUCACCUUCGUGAACAGGUUUUGGGUCAAGUAUAAGGUUUUCGUCGCAAACAGAAACAGCUGGGACCUCAAUGAUUAUUCAGGGUAAAAUUGGAGUACGCCAUCUACAGCUUGUCUUCUGGUUCUUGGGGAACAUGAUUGGAUAUUGCCUACGAGUAUCCAUAUCGCUGGCUAUCGUAGCAAUGGUACCGGAAUCACCGAUCGAUGCUCCUAAUUCCGAGCAAUACAGAUGGAACUCGUCGCAACAAUCUACCAUCCUGAGCGCCUUCUUCUGGGGAUACACGGUUAUGCAAAUACCAAGCGGCUACAUCGCGAGGGUUUGGAGCGGACAGAAACUGCUGGCCGUGGGCAUGCUACUUUGCGGCAUAUUCAACAUUUUAACACCGAUCGCUGCGCUUUUCGGCGACAUGAUCGGCGUCUGUAUCUGCAGGGCGCUAAUGGGCCUUUCUCAGAGCUGCCUUCUGCCUUGCACGCAAACCUUGCUUUCGAAGUGGGCGCCCCCGAACGAGAGAGCGCGAUUCGGCGCGUUUGCCUACGCCGGAGGACAAUUCGGUACAGUGCUGUCCUUUCCGAUUUCUGGAGCUUUAGCGGCAUCCUCUUUGGGUUGGAAGUCUAUAUUUUAUGUUUUCGGAGCUUUGGCCGUGCUUUGGAGCAUCAUGUUCUUCAUUUUUGGUUUCGACAGCCCGUCCGCGCAUCCACGGAUAUCGGAAAUGGAAAAGCAAUACAUAGAGAACAGUUUAAAGACUUCCGAAGACGAGGAGGGAUCGUCGAACAAAGCGGCGAUCAAGAUACCAUGGAAAGCAAUUUUCACGUCGGUGCCGAUGUGGGCCCUUAUAAUUGUCCAUUGUUGCCAGAACUGGGGUUACUGGACCCUCAUCACCGAAAUGCCAACUUACAUGAACAAAGUUUUGAAGUACGAUAUGGCACAGAACGGUCUGAUGUCGGCUCUACCCUAUUUGAUGAUGUGGCUUCUGAGUUUUCCAAUCAGUUGGCUCGCCGAUUACGCCCUUCAGAGGGGCGCCUCAAGAGGAACAACUAGGAAAGUGUGUAACACUAUCGCACACUGGGGACCAGCGAUCGCUCUGAUUUGUCUUGCCGCGGUGCCGAUCGCAGAUUCCGGCGUGGUCGUGGCCAUGCUCGCGAUAGCCGUCGGUUUAAAUGCCGGCGCACUUUGCGGAUUUCAAAUAAACCACGUCGAUCUGAGCCCCAAUUUUGCUGGACCAAUGAUGUCUAUUACCAACUGCAUCGCGUCCGUAAUUGCGAUAAUCGCGCCGAUCAUUUGUGGAGUCAUCAUAGAAAAGCACGAGGACAGCAGAGCUCAUUGGUCGAUAGUAUUUUAUCUUUCCGCCGUUAUUUAUUUCCUAGGGAACUUAAUUUUCAUUAUAUUCGGCCAAGGUGAAGUACAAUCGUGGAACGACCCCGCAUCUUCGGAGUCUCGGAAUCCGAGUAAAAAAGAAUCUAUAGUAGCGUAAGCGCGCGAUACGAUCUUAUCGCGUUCAUUCGAAUCGGUGGGAAAUGUUGCGUACCGAACGGGUCAUUACGUAUUUCGUAAGUUUAGAUUGUAAAAUUCCAUUGUACUCGUUUCAACGACAGCAUCUUGCAACGCUACGUUCCCUUAAAGGGUAUUCAUCAUUUUUCCUACUGUAACGAGUUCCUAAACACUUUUCCAAAUUAUUCGGACGAGCGGUUUCGUUUGCAUUGGACAGACAAAAUGCAAAGAACACAAGUAUCUUUUCCUUCUCUCGGCGCACAAACCAAUUGUUUAACCUAGGCCUCGCUGAUUCGAGACCGAGCAUGCUCGGGCUUUACCGCGAUGAUCAUUUUUAACUUUUAUCGCGGAAAUACUCCGGGAGUUUGUUCCAUUAUCCGUUGUCCAUCUAUUACGACAAUGCGUUAGUUUGAUUUAGUUGGACAAACGUGGUGUGGAAUGUAAAGUACUUUACGAUACGAUAUAGACUGAGGUUUCACAAAAUCCGAAAACUUUUGGACCGAUCGAUUGAAAAUUGCGCAUGUUCUAUUCCGAUACUUUCGUGCGUCGUCUAUUUCCCUCGAGUCAACGAAAUCGCGAAGAAUGCGAUUCUUCUUCUGCGCAGUCGCGAAGCAAACGAAUCCGGGAUAUUUAGUAACGAAGUUUAGCAUUUAAUUGUUGAUCGUACAAAGACGAUGUUCGCAGUCAAACGAGACUCAUAACUAGGAUUAAUACUCAAAGUUGUUCGGACGUUGUCGCGAUUGGUCUUCGAUCUCGACGCGAAAACCUGACUGAUUCAUCGACGAAACUAUGGUCAAAACAAGCAUUACUUUGAAACUAUCGACACUGCACAAGCUAAAAUAUUGAAUCAAUGUCGAAUUGGUACAAUUAGAGUUCUAUAAUAGUUUACGAAGUAUAAAUUUUAGUCUAAAUUAAUGUGUAAAUAAAUCCGAACGUUUGUUCUUACCAUAUUAAUUAUUAUAGUUCUAAACGAAUCAUGGCAGCCAUUAGAAAUAACGUAGUUCGACAAAACGAUAGAGAUAAGGUAAUGUACAUAUUCGAAUGUAGAUUUCUGUAGGAAAUAGAAAAAUCAACGAGGCCAAGAUAAAAUGUGCGAAGGCCUCGAAGGCCUGCAUUAAGUUUUUUGUAUCGUACAUAAACCGCAUAUUGUGUGUAUCCUGCAUAUCGCUUGAAUAUAUUAGAAUAAUAUUUUAAUAGUAA